UUUUGUAAAGGAAAAGUUGAAAAAUAUGCAGGUAAAUUAAAUAAAUUUUUGAUAAAUUAAUUUUUUGUUUCAACAAAAUCAAAUUAGCACAUGCAUUUAUUGAUAUUGCAAUAUUUAACAAUCACAUGUUGAGGAAGUAACAGAGUUCUCGUUUUUUCUUUAUUGUAAUUCGAGAUUUCUGCAUUAGCGUGAUUGACUCUAAAAUACUGUUAAGAACUUUCUGACACAACAUCUUUUUGCUUCCCCGAUUUAAAAAUGAUUUCUAAAUUGGAAAAUAAGCAAGAAAUAACAGGAAGUAAUAAGUAUUCUAUACUAAUUAGACUACAUAAGUCUUUUUUGUAGAAAAACAAAGAUUUUUCCUAAAAAUUGGGCAUAAUUUAUUAAAUAUGCAAUAUUAAAAUAUGUUUAUACAAUUAAGAAUAAACUAAAUAUAGUUUAAUUGGUACAAUAUCAAACUCAAUUACAAAUUUUUACUAAUUAUUAUCAAAGAACAUUUGUCAAUAAAAUAUGAUAACGCUUAAAAAAACGAGAUACAUUCGGAACGUAUUUCUAUGAUGCUUAUGAAAAGAUCUAAUAACAUGUAUAAUAAUAUUUUAUAUGAUCAUAUAAAAUUACAUAUGUUGUUAGAUCUUUUCAUAACUAAUUAUAUAUAUUUAUAUCUGACCAAUUAUACCAUUUUUUUCUCGGGUAGGGAAGUGUCACAAGUGUUCGGCGCCGAUUUAAUUCUUCUUGAAAUAUGUUAUAAAACUUACAAUUUUAGAUUACAGAUAUUUUUUAUCGGACACGUGUGAGCAUUCCCUUAGAUAAUACGUGUAAAAUAAAAUAAGCAUCACAUCUAAUCAGACACUUUCCUUCUCCGCUCGGAGUCAUUGGACAAAUCCCUACUCGGUGCUCCAGUAUAGAUAGAGAUCCUUGAACUUUAUAACAUACUGGAAUGAGCUUUGAAGGAGUGGGAAUGGUUUCAUUGUCGAAAAAACUGUUUAAUAUUGCCGGGGCGGAGGGGGGGGGGAGGCAUUUGUCUCAUCCCCACCAAUACACGGUAUAAAUGAGGACUGAGGACAAACAUCUCUGGCAGACGGCGCGAUUUUUAGUUAGUUGAUCUAUUUAUUGCGGAGAUUAUUGCAAAGAGUGUUGUGUUAUCAGGUGUCCAUUUUUAUCGCCAAUUACGCGGUGGUGGUUACGCGCUAAAGUUGCGUUUUCACGGGUCGCAUAUACGAGGUGUCUUCUCGGUAAAGUCUUUGUGUUCUUCUUAUUUUUACGAUGACGGAUCCACGGAGCUGUCGUGAUUGCGUCUCUCGUAAACUGACAAUUGAAGAAAAGGAAUAUGCAGCAGCGAAUUUGAACGAGACCGAUGAGAACAGAGAAAAGGCCAUCACGCACAUUAGACACUGGAUUCAGGAGAAUGAUGAUUUAUGCGCUCGCACCGAUGACUUCUUUAUUUUGCGGUUUUUGAGAGUUUGCAAGUUUGAUAUCGAAAAAACCAAAACGAGGAUACGAAAUUAUUAUAAACAACGAUUCGAUCUGCCGGAAUGGUUUGCGAACAAGGAUCCCCUUAGGCCAGAAUUGCAGGAUCUGCUCGACGAAGGAUUAUUUUUACCUUUACGAAAGUUGGACGAUCAGAAAAGGAUGGUUAUCUUCUCGCGUGUCGGUCGGCAAAAUCCAUCCACACAGAAAUUAUCAGAUUUCAUUAAGAUCUGUAACAUGACAAUGGAAGUGUUUGCGAGGAAUCAUGUUGAAGGAUCCAUAUAUGGUUACGUCGCAUAUACAGAUUUCGAUCUUGUGCAUAUGGGUCACAUCAGUCAAAUGCGUCCCAAUAUUAUAAGGAAUUUCAUCUACACAUGGCAAGAUUGCUUUCCGCUGGAAAUCCAGUCAAUAAAUUUUAUCAACACACCGGCGUGUGCUCAUGCAGUUCUGCGGAUUGUGAAAUAUUUUCUGAACGAGAAUUUGAGGCAGAAAGUACACACUUAUACGAAAAAAAUGAUGCAAAAUUGUUUCAAUGAUAUUCCGGCUGAUAUCUUGCCGGUCGAAUAUGGCGGUACUGGUGGUACAAUCGUAGAAUUAAAAGAAUAUUGGAAGAAAGUGCUCGGAGAGAAUCGCGAUUGGAUUAUUGAUGAUGAAAAGUACAAGCUAGUGUCAAAGGAAAAGUAGCCCGAGAUAUGUCCGAAUUAAUCUCACGCACACAUAGUGAUAAUUGCCGAUUGCAUGAAAUUGAUAAAACGGUGAUAAGGUAAUAAGAUAAUAAAAAAAAACGAUAAUAUAACAUCGAUAAAAUAUGUGAUUAAGAUUUUUAUAAAAAGAAGACUAUACCUGCGUGCAUGUAUAUGAAGUUUUUUUGUCUCACUUUUAUAUAAGUAAAUAUAUAUUUUUACACUGUUAGGCUUUCCUUUUGCAUUCCGCAAUUUCUUUAAUUUACGAGAAAUAUUUUUUUUUUUUUAUUGAUAAACGUCCGACGGUAGUUUUUUUUUGAUAAGCAUUGUUAUCAUCGUGCAUAGAUUUCGUGAGUUCAUGUGCGUAACAUGAUAUGAUUUUUUAACGUACUUUAAUUUGUUAGAUAAUUCGAUACGUCAAAAUUAUAAGCGACAGAUAAAACGAAUUGUGCUAUCAGUUGACGCAUUUCUAUUUCUGAGAGAGAUACGUUCACGAGUUAAACACUGCAAAAUGUACGUAAAUAGGUCAUGGACUAUAAUUAAUAUUGCACUACUAAUCGGCUAUUGUUCGUUAAUUUAUAAAUCUUGCAACUACUAUUCUGUGCUAGCCAGAGACGAUUUUACAGAUUCCAAGUUUCCAAAUAGUUUUGCAGAGGUGUUAUAUCAGACGAUUUGAAUUAUUCAUUAAUUGCACGUAGUCUGACGACUAAUUUCGCUUACGCACAUGACAAAAUGCACAAUUGUACGAUACUAUUCGCAAUAUCUUGAACGUAAAUAGACGAGAAAUUGUGCGAGAGAAAGGAAAAUAGAAUAGAAAUAGAAUAUUCUGUUCCUAGUGUAAUAAGAAUUCAGGCACAGAAUAUACAUUAUUGGUUUGCAUUUUUACUGAAUUAAGAUAAUCAUACUUUAUGCGGCCUACUUAAGGUUCAAAGUUUUUGUAUUUAAAAAAAAAAUAUAUAUAUAUAUAUAUAUACAUAUACAUAUAUAUAUUCUAGAAAGAAAUAACACUGAAAUAAUAGUCACAAUUAGAACAUGUAUAAAAAUAAAAAUUUUAAGAAACUUAAAUAAUUUUAGUAUAUAAUAAGAAUACAGGCACAGAAUACACAUUCACAUUUAUUCGAAGUAUAAGUCAGAAGUAUAAAAUAAAUUCUUUCUGUUUUAA